GUUUGUCUCUCUCUGCCUCUCUUUCAGAUCCAAUUGAAGCAAUCACUCGUGUGCUUCUCUUUCUAUCCUCAAACCUAACUUUCGUUCUUGGAUAAACGUGUCUCCAGUUGUUCUUCCUGAUAGAAGAUGGAUCGGUACAGAAGGAUCGAGAAACCUAAGGUGGAUACACCGAUUGAAGAGAAUGAAAUCAGAAUUACUAGCCAAGGAAGGAUGCGAAACUACAUCACUUAUGCUAUGAGUCUGCUUCAGGAUAAGGGAUCGAAUGAAAUUGUUUUCAAGGCAAUGGGUCGAGCAAUAAAUAAAACUGUAACCAUUGUGGAGUUGAUAAAGCGAAGGAUUGUUGGUAUUCAUCAAGUUACUUCAAUUUGUUCAACCGAUAUCACUGAUAAUUGGGAGCCUAUUGAAGAAGGUCUAAACCCUGUGGAAACAACUAGGCAUGUUUCAAUGAUCACUAUAACUUUGUCAAAGCAAGAAAUCGAUACAUCCUCCAUUGGGUACCAGGCUCCACUACCAGCUGACCAGGUGCGGACAACACCUGAGUUCGAUUACGAAGGAGAAGAAUCUCCUGGUGGUUUUCGUGGAAGGGGUCGUGGUGGCCGAGGGAGGGGAGGAAGGUCUAGAGGUGGUUAUGGUGGUAAUGGGUUUAUCGCAUCGGGGGAGCACGAGGAUGGAGGUUGGGACCGCAAUCGAGGAUAUGCUCGGGGUAGAGGUCGUGGCCGAGGUCGCGGUUUUCGCGGCCGUGGAAGAGGAGGCGGUUAUAAUAAUAAUGAUGAUGGCGGUCAGUUUGAUAAUAACCAAGGAGGAGGAGGUUACAAUCAGGAACCCAAUUUCCAAGGCCGUGCACGAGGAGGCGGUUACAACGGUGGUCAGUUUGACGGCCGUUACAAUGACGAACAGAAUUUCCAAGGCCGUGGUCGCGGUGGUCAGUAUGAUAAUAAUAACCAGCAAGGUGGUCGCGGCGGUCAGUAUGAUAACCAGCAAGGUGGUCGAGGCGGUCAGUAUGAUAACCAGCAAGGUGGUCGAGGCGGUCAGUAUGAUAACCAGCAAGGUGGUCGCGGUGGACAGUAUGAUAACAAUAACCAGCAAGGUGGUGGCGGUGGUUAUAAUCGCGAGUCAUCUUUCCAUGCUCGGGGAAGAGGAGGUUACAAUGGUGGUGGUGGUGGUGGUCAGUUUGAUAAUAAUAACCAAGGUGGUGGCGGUGGUUACAAUCAGGAACCUAAUUUUCAAGGCCGCGGGCGUGGGGGUGGACGCGGGAGAGGUGGGUAUCGCGGAAGGGGUCGUGGCGGUUUUAGAUCAAACGGGCCGAUCCAUACAGCUGCGGGUGGGGCGUAAAAGUAAAAUGGUGAUUUGUUUGUUGCUUUGAUCAUCAUAUUAUUGUGUUGGUUAUUUUCUUCUUUGAAUGAAGUUUUGCUAAUUUUUAGAUGUUUAGUAGGGGAGAAAUGGCUGUUCUUUUAUUAUAUGAUAUGAUUAAUUAGACUGAUCAUCAUCUUAUGGCAACACAAUACCAUUUUCAUGGCAUCAUUUCUUUGAAAAAAAGCAGCUUUGGGAUGUUCUUUAACAGUUUUAAAUAUGAUGAUGACGAUUAAAUGAUGACCAGGUUUUGUAUUCA